GAGCAAUUCGUUGAUUUCUACUACAAGACCUUCGAUGGCGACCGAACGCAGUUGGCAGCUCUCUACAGAAACACAUCGAUGCUCUCCUUCGAGAAAGAUCCCUUCCAGGGCACACAGUCGAUCCUUGAGAAGUUGACGAACCUGCCUUUCGCUAAAGUCCAGCACCGAGUGGAUACUACAGACGCACAACCAUCGAAUGACCAAGGCGGGAUUCUGGUCUUGGUUACUGGUGCACUGAUGGUCGAUGAUCAACCACAACCGAUGAGCUACGUUCAGACAUUCCACCUGAUCCCCGAGGCUGGCAGCUAUUUCGUGCAGAAUGAUGUCUUCCGA